AUGGACUCUGGCACAGGUGCCGGGGUUUAUUUGGUAGACAACAAUAUAAGAGUGUCCUACAGACUUCCGGACGAAUGUAGCGUUUUUCAAGCGGAAAUCCUGGCUAUAUGGAAAUCCGUGGAUAUUAUUAAGACACACAUUACCAGGGGGUCGGAAGUGACGAUUUAUGUUGAUAGUCAGGCAGCUCUUAAAGCUUUGCAGUGUAAAACGUUACAUUCUAGCUUGGUAAACAGCUGCAAAAGAGACCUGGAAGGGUUAGUCAGGUUAUACACACUCAGGCUGUGUUGGGUACCGGGACACUGUGACAUACAGGGUAAUGAGAUUGCAGAUGAAUUGGCCCGACAGGGCUCGGAUCUGGAGCUCGAUAGAAGGGUCAGUUCGGUAAAACCCCCCAUUUGUCAUUACUAUAGGCUAAUUUCCGAAUAUUUCAGAAAAACCACCAACCAAUCCUGGUACAGUAGACUGGAUUGUAGGGUUUCUAGGACACUAUGGCCGAAGUUAAAUCCAAAAGCAACCAGAAUGCUAUUAGGAUUGGACAGGAAGAGUACAAGGAUUUUAGUAGGGGUAAUAACCGGACACUGCUCAAUUGGAGCCUUUAGGGGUAAUGGGGUCGGUAACACACAGGAUUUUUGCAGGUUGUGUGAGGACGAAGAAGAACUGGAGACAGUAGAGCAUAUUUUAUGCCACUGUCCCAGAUUACAGAGUCUGAGACUGAAAUGGCUAGGUAAAGGAUUCCACGAUGAACUAGGAGAUGUAGCAGGGUGUAACCUAGGCGACAUUAUGGGCUUCAUUAGGGGAACUUUUUGGAUUUUCAGUUAAUAGACAAUUAAGGAUUUCCCUUCCAUGACCACUUCUUUUUUCUGUUCUCUUUUUGGAGGGAAAAUCUCACUCUUCUCAUCUCUC